AUGUCUGUGACUAAAAUAAAUAUUGUACAAGCUAGACUUGGUCAUUCAAUGCAGAGUCAUUGUUUAGACGAACUGAAGGGCACAUUAUCACUUGGAUGUCCUCAUAAUCAAUUGAUUAAACUUGGAAAAGUAUUUUAUGGUUAUAGUUGGUCAUCCGAUUGUUCUUAUAUUGAAAAAGAUUGUACGAUGGAUGUACCCAAAGAAGAUAUUAUCUGUUUAACAACAACAAAUUGUACAAUUAAAGUUGUUGAAUAUCCAUUGAUAUUACAAGAUUGUUGGAAUUUAGUAGCUUCCUAUGUACAAGCAGAAUUUGAAUGUAUUGCAGAAUAUUCACUGCAAAAUGUUUGUCAAGCACAAGAUACAACAUUAUCAUAUGGUUUUAUUUCUUCACCCACCUAUCCACAAGGAUUUCAAUCAAAUUUAAAUUGUCCUUGUGCAUUAUUCGCUUCGCCUGGUCAUGCAAUUGUCUUAGAAGUAAUUGAUUUCCGUUUGCCAUCAUGUGCCGAAGCGGGCCUUAUUCUUUGGAUGGGAAGUGAUUAUCAAACAAAAUGUUUAACACAAGAUCCGUUAACAGUUGUUGGCAAUGUUCAACAAAAUGUAACGUUAAGAUUUUAUACUUUAAACAAUAUGAAACAUGGGGGAUUUUUAAUUAAAUAUUCGGUUCUUCCCGUAUCAAAUAAUGCCACUGUUCGUCUGCAAUGUUACACUGCUCCAUCCAACCAACAGCAAAAAAUGACUAUACCACCGCCAACAGUCAUACCCCCAUUUCCAUUUGGAGCAAAAACUGAUGAUGAUUCAAUUGAACAAGAUGCAAUGAAUAUCAUAAUAGAUGAUUUAAAUUCAAAUGGAAACUCUUAUAAACCAGCAACUCAUCCAACAGAUUUAAGCAAACGAUUUACUAUUAGUAAUGAUCCACCACCAAUUUUGGGAACAUUGCAAGAACAUAGACAGAAUACGAAACAAUUUAUUGUUCUAGAUUUACUUCCCAACAAUGUUCGACGUUCAAAUAUAACAUUGAUCGUUAUUUGUGCCGUAGCUGCCGUUAUAUUUUUAUUGAUUAUGAUUAAUGCUCUUAUUUGGUUUAUAUUUUCUUUACGCCCUCAAUGCAAAUCAACCAUGUCGUUUCAACAUCUAGCCUAUCCGGGCGGUGAUCUUUCACAUCAUCAUCAACGUGGUACAAAAGAAUUGAGUAUUACUGAUUCAACAACAGCUGUUUUAAAUCCAAAUCGUUUACAUGACUAUCCUGAUGAUGCAUCAUCGUUAUCACGUUUAAAUUUAACAAAUUAUUUACGAAAACAUAAUUUUCCACCACCUCAACCAUCUGUCAAUGCUCCACCCUAUCGUCCAAUGUUUACUUCUCAAAAUAAAAAUGACAGUUCACCCGAUCUUCAUAGUGAAUCAGAAUUAACAGAAUUUGGUGGUGGUAUUUCACCACCACGUCGUUUAAAUAAAAAAUCUGGUAUAACAUCGAAUCGUUUAAAAGCUAUUCGAUCACUCGUACUUCGUGGACAUAAAACAUUACCAAAUGAUAAUACAAGUCGAUUAGAUUCAACAAUAUCUGAUUAUCAUCUAAGAUCUGUUUCACAAGUACCAGGUGACUCAGUUGUCAAACCCAAUUAUGAAGAACAAGAAGAUUGCGUUGAAUUAAGAUCAGAAUCUUCACAUUUGUCUAAUAUAAGAAAUAAUAAUCGACUAAAAGCAGCAAAAAAAAAAGAAUCACCAAGACAAAUAAACUCAUGGGACGAUAUUUAA